AUGAUCAGCACCAGCAAAAGCAUCAAAGUAAAAAGCCCCCAUGAAGUGCUAAGCGGCACCUUGCAGUACUUCACAAGGACGCAUGCUGUUGCAGCCAUUGUGGUGGGCGCCACGCUCUUCCUGGUCGUCGCGUGCUUCCUCCUGAUACAUGCAGCCAACUCUCCGAAGCGAAAGGAUGUAUUUUGCGUCACCGACGAUUGCCUCCUGCACGCGAAUCUUCUCAUGCAAGCCGUAAAUCCCAAGAUCGACGCCUGCGACGAUUUCCGCGCCCACGUCUGCUCAAACUGGUCGCCACGUGGGCUGCGCAAGCGCCUGAAGGACUUCGACGGGUCAGUGAUGGUUGACAUGGUCUUGUCGUGGCUUUCGGGAAUGAGAGAAACAUUGCAGCAAGGCUCACAAGUGUUUCCCGUUGGCAAAAAGCCACUUGCCAUGCUGGAGUCUUGCUUGAGUAACACCUCAACGUACGGGUCAAGGAUACAGGAGUUGAAGGUAUUUAUGACGAAAUUCUUGAAGCUGUCCUGGCCUAAUGCUCCUCGACAAGACGUCGAACCCCUUGGCGUGCUUAUCGUGCUCGCCUACGUCUUACAGGCCCCUUUCUGGUUUGCAUUACGGCCUAGCAUGCUGCGCCGAGGAGCGGUGGAGGGCAGAUGGAGCAUCGUCCUCACACCGGCGCCUCUUAUUAGGCAGCACCUCCGUCAUUAUCACACGGUGAAAAGCAGCGGGUCGGCAGCUUACGUAAAGUAUUGGAUGGAUUUCUACGGGGCUUUCUCCAGCGACAGCACAGCAGCCAGCGAAGAGCGUGCGAUUGAAGCAGAGCAGCUCGAGGGAAGAAUCCUAAAGUCUCUGGGCGAUGCAGUCGAGGCGUUGCCAAAACGCGUCGUGGUACUUCCUAUCGGCCGACUGGACACAUACACGCCCACGGUGAACUCCUCGAAGUGGUUAUACUACCUGCAGAAUUCCACCAAACUCAGCCCGUCGCUUAGCGACCAAGACGUUGCCCUCAUCACUGACAGUGCGUACUUCGUUACAGUCGGGGAGCUGUUCAAAAACUACACGAACGAGCAGAUCUUGAACUUCAUUGGUUGGCAGUUUGUCCAACGAUAUGCACCAGUGGCUGAUAGCAGGUUUCUGAUAUCCCUGUAUGGAGACAAUGGCACAGCCAUGGGCCUUCGAGGUGCAUUCUGCAGCUACCAUGUGGAGGUGCCAUACAAGGUACUCCUUCUGUCUCUCCAUUUUGUUUCCCAGAUAAAAGACAGCAUUCAAAAAAUUAUCGACGCAGGCUACAACCGCCUAGUGUCGACGGCUGUCAGGCUGGUCAACAACUCUACGUGGCUCACUUCGGAAAGCAAGGCUCUCGCUUCAAAAAAGUUCGCAUCUGUGAAACUGCGACUCUGGCCUCCCGCUGCAUUUCUGGAAAGCGAAAACUUGGCAAAAACCUUCAGUAAUUUUCCGAGCAAUCAACCAGCCUUUGCAGAUUACUGGGUCGGCUCCAUCUACGGUAUGAGAACACUAAAUAGGACGCCGGAAUUCUUAGAAGUUCUCGACAUGCCGCUGAACUAUGCGCUUCCAUAUUUCGAAUACGACUACAUCGAGAACGCCGUGGGUGUAGCCAUUGGCGCCGUCACUUCUCCCUUGUUUUACAGAAAAGGCACCAAGGCUAUGUUCUACGGAGGAUUCGGCUUCUCUACGGCGCUCCAACUGGCAAAGGCCCUCGAUCGUGAGGGUAUUCAUUGGCAUCCGGACGGGCACUUUGUGAAAUCAAUUCUAAAUGAAUCCUCGCAAGAUGCCCUCGAGAACAGGUACAGUUGCCUCGCUAAAGCCGCCGAAGGUAAAGACAGCUUAUUUCCGGAGAUACCGGCGCUGGAGAUUGCCUACACGGCCUUUCGUGACGAAGUAGGCGAUCCUCAAAGCGCGAUGCACAUUAGUGAGCAGCUCAACGAGUUGAAGGUCUUCUUCAUGACCAUCUGCUACAUGACGUGCACGCGAAGCGGCAUCUACGACUCUUUAUCAGCAGACUGCAACAAACUCGCUCGCCACUCGUCUGCUUUUGCGAAGGCUUUCCGCUGCCCGCUAGGAUCAAAUAUGAACCCAAAGAACAAAUGCACGUUUUUUUACUGA